CUGAUGUGACUACUGCAGGAGCUGCUUUUCAAUCAAAAUUAGUCAUUUGUAUCGUUGACAGUCCAAGACCUGAACCCAACCGUCGUUAACGUCUCAACCACGGAGGCAUAAGCUGUGGAGAAUACUAUCCAAGCCCUGUCUUCAUCUUCUGUUAUCUCUGAUCCUGACGAUGGUGUUGAGGGAGGUUCCAGCUGAAAACAUCGCCCGUCCUCUGGGCAGGAACGAGGUCAUUGGCCUGCUCUUCCGUCUCACCAUAUUCGGAGCUGUCACCUACUUCACCAUCAAGUGGAUGGUGGAUGCCAUUGACCCCACAAGGAAGCAGAAGGUGGAGGCUCAGAAACAGGCAGAGAAGUUGAUGCGUCAGAUUGGGGUUAAAAACGUGAAGCUGUCUGAAUAUGAAAUGAGUAUCGCAGCUCACCUGGUCGACCCCCUGAGCAUGCAGAUCACCUGGAGGGACAUUGCGGGUCUGGACGAGGUGAUCACAGAAUUAAAGGAGACGGUCAUCUUACCUGUUCAGAAGAGACACCUGUUCCAGGGAUCCAGACUGCUACAGCCCCCUAAAGGUGUGCUGCUGUACGGGCCUCCAGGCUGCGGUAAAACACUUAUCGCCAAGGCGACGGCCAAGGAGGCGGGGUUUCGUUUUAUCAACCUACAGCCCAGCACGCUGACGGACAAAUGGUAUGGAGAGUCCCAGAAACUGGCUGCUGCUGUGUUCUCAUUGGCUGUUAAACUGCAACCGUCAAUCAUCUUCGUCGACGAGAUAGACUCGUUCCUGAGGAGUCGAUCCAGCUCAGACCACGAAGCCACGGCCAUGAUGAAGGCUCAGUUUAUGAGUCUGUGGGACGGACUUGAUACUGACCACCACUGCCAGGUGAUUAUAAUGGGAGCCACUAAUCGUCCUCAAGACCUCGACUCUGCUAUUCUGAGGAGGAUGCCCACCAGGUUCCACAUCAACCAGCCUAGUCUGAGGCAGAGAGAGCAGAUCCUCAAACUCAUCCUGGAGAACGAGAGCGUGGACCUGUCGGUCGACCUCCUCGACAUCGCCAAGGAAACGGACGGUUUCUCAGGAAGUGACCUCAGAGAGAUGUGUCGUGACGCCGCGCUGCUCUGCGUCCGAGACUUCGUCCACACUCAGAACGACAGUCCGUCAGAGGACUUCAUCCGUCCGAUCCAUCAGUCCGACCUUCAGAAGGCGAUCAGUAAGAUGAAGAAAUCGAAAUCAGCGGGCGGACACGGCGCCCUGCUGCACGCCGCUCUGGACUGAGCACACACACACACACAGAUCACAUGAUGACCUGAGGCCAGCCUACAGUCGUGGGUUUGAUUCCAGACUCAUCGGUUCAGUGUGAACGUGCUGUCUGUGUGUGUUUAAAUCUGUUCAACAUGUGCCACUGCUUCUUGUUUCUGGUGUUUUUAUUCAAACAGCUGAUCAUGCUGCUGAUGUCCGUCUGUGUCUUCGACUGAACAAGCAGAAAUGAAAACCGUGUCAAACAAACGCUGUGUCGUGACGCUGGAGUCGGAGGCGACAGAAGUCAUCGUUCCACUUCUUCUUGUGCUUUGCUGCUGGUUUCCACUGUAAAUAAACUCACAGGAACGCUUCUUUUUAAACCAAACACGAGUCUCGUCGUCAUUCAACCAGAAUACAAGACGGUGAUUCCCAACCUCUCUGGCUCGUGACUGCCGUAAGUGUGCAAAUGUCUAUUUGCAAUCCCUAAACGAAGGUUUAAAUCAUGAGACAAAUAUAGAAGUUUAUGUUUAAACUCAAACUGCAUGCAGGUGUGCUGAGGUCCAGAACCAAAGACUUAGCGACCCGGGUGCUAGCUGGCAGCUUUGUUGUUUUGGGAACUUUUAGUUUGUUUAAGGAAUGCAAUAGUGCAUUUGUUGGAACUAUUUUCAGUGGCGGAUUAAUCCACAUUUGGUGCUUUGGUGUAUUGAGCGUUUGUGGCAGCGGGACGGUGUGUGUGGGGCUGAGUUCGUGGUGAUGAAGGAACAUGUGGUUUGUUGAUGUGUUUUAAUGGAGCUCUAUGGCACAGAGGAAGAAGAUUUAUCAGGCUGUGAUACACACAUUAUAGAUACAUUCACUGAACACAAAGAAAAAUCUAGAACGGCAUCGCACUUCAACCAAAGAGGCCGUUUUCCUCAUUAUUCAGAGAUUUUUAUUUUAUUUUCAGAGGCCAGGAGACGUCAAAUUAUCCAGUAAUCACAGGAAAACAUUUUGAACCCAGACAGAUCACUACAAAUAUCUUAUUUGUGGUCGUAUUUUAAAUAAAAGUGAGGAGUCAAACUCCCCCUGACGGGGGUCCCAGCCCUCAGGUUGGGAAUCACAACUCAAGUCUUCUGUUCUGGUCCAGGUUCGAAAACGUUUCACCUUUUCUGUUCAGUCUGGUCUGAGCGUCAGGGUGGCUCUACGUACCACAGUACCCAUGAGCCUCAGCAGCUGUUGCUAUGGAGACGCCUCCAUCCACAGCUACUGAACUGUCAACUCUUAUUUCGGAAUAAUUUCACUGAAGUUUCCUGUAAAAUCUGGUGUAAUUUUUUUUACCAAAUUAAUGAUGCUCUGAAACUCCCAAAAUGUAGAGAAAAGUUGUCAGAUGAGUCAAGAAUAUAAUUGAAAAUAUACAGUAAAUAAUACUGUUAAUUGCUUAAUGAACAAUAUCCCAUAUUUAUAUUUU